CCACCCUCAUCAACGGACAUGACGUGGUACAAAAAUACUUUCCUGAUUGUUGUUUAUAUAGUGAGGAAUGCAAACCGGUACUGUAGACACCAAGUGAAUUAUUCUGUUUAAAAAAAAAUGUCAAAUCUGUCCCAUUAAAUAACCGGUUAAUUCUGAUAAUAAAAACUUCAAUUCCAUAUUUUAUUUCGUAUCAGUUUCGUCGCUCAGUGACUUAAUUACUCCCUAAUUGCAUAUUUAUAAGUAAAGAAUCAUCAUGUUGGAUCAAAGUGUCAUUGGUCUUUGCAUUAUCGUUGGGUUAGCAGGAGUAUUCAAUUUUUCAAUUCACAAAAUUGAUGAAGGUCAUGUUGGUGUUUACUUUCGGGGAGGCGCAUUAUUACCACAAGUUAGUCAGCCAGGUUUUCAUAUGAUGGUUCCAUUAUUGACAACAUUUAGAUCUGUGCAAGUGACUUUACAAACUGAUGAAGUUAAAAACGUUCCUUGUGGUACCAGUGGCGGUGUCAUGAUAUAUUUCGAUCGCAUUGAAGUUGUUAAUAUACUCGACUCUAAUGCUGUGUACAAUAUGGUAAGAAAUUUUACUGCUGAUUACGACAGGACGUUGAUCUUCAAUAAAGUCCACCACGAACUCAAUCAAUUCUGUUCAAUCCACACUCUCCAUGAAGUGUACAUCGAUUUAUUCGAUCAAAUCGACGAGAACCUGAAGAACGCGCUGCAGAAAGAUUUAAAUGAACUGGCGCCAGGCCUCAGUAUCCAAGCGGUCCGUGUGACCAAACCCAAAAUACCCGAGACAAUACGAAAGAACUACGAGUUGAUGGAGGGCGAAAAGACCAAGCUGCUGAUAUCAACUCAGCACCAGAAGGUGGUAGAAAAAGAUGCUGAGACAGAUCGUAAAAAAGCUCUGAUUGAAGCUGAGAAAGAGUCGCAGGUCGCGUCGAUUCAGUAUAACCAGAAAAUAAUGGAGAAAGAAUCUCUGCAACGCAUGGCUUCGAUUGAAGACGCGAUGCAUUUAGCUCGUGAGAAAAGUCGCUCGGAUGCUGAUUUUUAUCAGAUGAAGCGACAAGCGGAAGCUAAUCAGUUACUCCUGACUAAAGAGUUCCUGGAGCUUAAAAAGUAUGAAUCGUUGGCCAAGAACGCGAAGAUUUACUAUGGUCAGGACAUUCCGAAGAUGUUUGCCAUGGGCGGGUGCUCUACUGAUCCAAAUCUAGGCACUCAUACAAAUGUAGAGCUUGAUAAAAACGAUUGAAAUUAAACCGGUUACUUAUUUAUUAAUUUUUUUAUUUUGUUCUUAAUUUACAUCUCAUUGAUACCUGAUAAUAAUAAUAAUAAUUAAUUAAUUAAUUAAUUAUAAUCAUAAGUAAUUAAUUUAUAACUCCUGUAAAUCAUCAAAUGCAUUUAUGUUAAGUAAUUUAAAUAAAACUUGUUUUUUAAAUCAACUGUCAAUUUGCAGAUUCAAAUAUUUCCCGCCAGUAGUUUAAAUUUUUGACACGACUCGCGUCUCGAAUAUCGAUAGAUUAUUAAAAAACAAUAAUAAUUCUAUCAAAACAAACUUACAAGACUGGUUUUUUAUAAUUAAAAGUUCAAAUAAAUAUUUACAUACCUGGUAAUUUAAAAAAAUAAUUAUUUUGACGUUAGUAAAAUAUAAAUUAAUUGAUUAAUUUUUGAAAUGUACGGAGCACAAUAAAGAGUGACGUCAGAUGUUAUGAAUCAGGUUUCAAUUUUAGUCAACUUUAUCACGUUAAAUAAAUAAUAAUUGCAAUAAUAAAUUAUUUUUUAAAGCACGAACAUGACAGUGG